AUGUUUUUUCGCACUCCUUUGGCAGUCAGUCGCCGGGUAUGGAGCAGUGCUGGAAGCACUGCCCUGCGGCCAAUGCCUCGGAAUUGCUUAACCUUUGGCGGCAAGCAACGGUACGGCAUGGCGACUGUUGUACCACCCGUUACUCAAGAUGCGACCGGCUCCAAGGGGCCUACUGCUAUGGUCUUCUUGAACAUGGGCGGCCCGUCGACGACGAACGAGGUGGAGGACUUCCUCGGCAGAUUAUUUGCCGAUGGUGACCUCAUCCCACUGGGGCGGUUUCAGUCCUAUCUUGGGCCCCUUAUUGCACGUCGACGAACUCCAAAAAUUCAAAAGCAAUACGCGGAGAUCGGUGGUGGAUCGCCUAUCCGGAAAUGGUCUGAGUAUCAGUGCGAGGAGAUGUGCAAGCUGCUAGACAAAAUGUCGCCCGAGACUGCGCCGCACAAGCCCUACGUUGCGUUUCGCUACGCCGCACCAUUAACCGAGACCAUGUAUCAUCAGCUCUUGGCCGAUGGCUUUGGCAACGGCAAAGGCGGCCGUGCAGUCGCGUUCACACAGUACCCGCAAUACUCUUGCUCUACAACGGGCAGCUCCCUCAACGAGUUGUGGAAGUGGCGCACUCGUCUAGAGGGCAAGCGCGGUAACGGUGAAGCUGAGCCCGCCGGGGCUAUUGAAUGGAGUGUCAUUGACCGGUGGCCAACGCACUCGGGCCUGGUUGAGGCGUUCGCACAAAACAUUGAGGCGCAGCUGAAGACUUAUCCAGAGGACAAGCGGGACAAGGUUGUUCUACUAUUCUCUGCCCACAGUCUGCCCAUGGACGUUGUCAAUCGCGGUGAUCCUUACCCAGCCGAAGUUGCUGCCACGGUCCACGCCGUCAUGCAACGCCUGAACUUCAGCAACCCCUGGCGUUUGUGCUGGCAAUCUCAGGUCGGCCCCAAGGCGUGGCUUGGUGCUCAGACCCAGGACACUGUCAUGGAGUACGUCAAGCGCGGCCAGUCGGAUUUGAUUCUUGUGCCCAUCGCAUUCACCAGCGACCACAUUGAAACCCUGUAUGAGCUGGAUCUGGAAGUCAUGCACGAGGCAAACAGCCCUGGAGUCAAGCGAGCGGAAAGCUUGAACGGCAACCCGGUCUUCAUCCAGGCUUUGGCCGAUAUUGCCCAUGCACACUUGAAAAAGGGCGAACCUUGUUCUGCCCAAAUGACAUUGCGCUGCCAAGGCUGCAAGAGCGAGCGUUGCUUGGAGUCAAAGAAGUUCUUUGCUGGCAAGCAGCACGGCUCCUUGGUCAUGUAA